AUCAAAACCCAUUCUCAGUUGUUUCAAUAACUUAGUUCAUCUUCUAUUAAGCCCCAGUUUUUUAAAUACCCAUGAUUUACUCCUACCUGCCAUUUUUUUUUUUAAUUUUUUUUUUUACCAGUUUGAUAUAAUUAUGUCCAUUUUUUAAAUACCCAUGUUUUACUCUUACAGUCUUACCUAGAGUUCUUUUUUAAAUUUGCCUGUUUGAUAGAAUUAUGUACUACAAAAUUGUUCUCUCAAUUUCUGUUCUUAUAAAUGAAAAUAUGGGAUAAAAAUUUAAGCAUUCUAUUGUUUUGCGAAUUUAGAAAUGAUAUUCAUAUGCUUAUUGAAGAUGCAAGAAACUCCUUCUAUUCUUUCUCUCUCUAGAAUUCUUACACCUCAACCCGAAUCAAGAUCCCCCUCCUCUUCAUUCCAACUCCUAUUUAUAGAUAUUUACAAGAUAUUUACAAGAUAUUUACUAAUUGCUGGACCUGGGCCUAUUCCUCAGUAAGCCCUGGUCACUCUUGAUGGGCUUACUCCCGCUCGGCCCAUAUGGCAGUGUCCUUUUAUGGGCUGACCCAGCUGUUCGGACUGAAGGUUGUGUUUUGCGAGUCGGACCUGGCCCAUGUCAUCCAGGGCCUCCUCAACUGCCCCCAUAAUUGCCCCUUAUUUAAUAAGGGGUAAUUAUUGAUGGCGUCUCAUCAUGACGCUGACGGCUCGAGAUAACCACGUGGGGGAGCGAACGGUCAGAUCCAGAAUCAAUGUUCCGGGGUUCGAGGGAUUUCUUGCCUUCCCGACGCUUCGGCCCUCGGGCCCCCUUGCCUAUAUAAUGCUCUCGAAUUCCACUUCACUUCCCUUUACCGUCUCCAUCAUCAGCCAAAUCUCCCUCUUUCUAGAACUGUGCCAAGCCUUUUCCGGUGAAAUCCUUCGAGAGUCAUUCUCCCAGCGAUCUUGCAGUCCUCCGAGGUUAGUUUCGUUCUUUUUACUUUCGGCAGGCUUCCAUUUUCCCUCUUUUAGAUUCUUCUUGCACUUCCACCAUGGUUGUAGAUCUGGGUGUCCUUCGUAUGAGACUUAGGCUUCCUGACAACAUCGUAGUUAGGGUUUGCCCCCAAGACGUUAAUAUUACGACCGGCGCCGGCCUCCUGCCCGGCGAAGUCUUAUUCACAAACCUUCAACUGAAUGUUGUUAGGUUCCCUCUGCACCCUUUCUUUAGUUACGUCUUCAACAGAUUGGGGAUAUCCCCUCUGCAGGUCAACCCCAACUUCUUUAGGAUCAUAUCUGUUAUGCUCUUAUUGAUGCGUGACAGAAAUCUGGACCUUGACCUCAUAGACCUCCUUCUGUGCUAUAAGGUCAGUAAGAUCCGUACUAACGAGCCCUUCUACCACCUCUACCCGUUCGAGAAGAUGUCCAUAUGCACUGACACAAUAAAAUCUGAAAAGGGUUGGAGGGAUAGCAUAGUGGGUAUUAGUGGGGCUUGGUCUUCGCCGGCUGCAGAGGAUUACCCUAUCCCGAGCGCCUUUGGUGUCUGCUCUGUCUCCUCCUAUAAAAAAUUCAAAUCCCAUAAACACGACUGCCCCUGUGAAACAUGCGUUCCUCGUUUUUGCACUUACUUAUGCCGCUCCUUGGGAAUACCUUGUGAUGACUUGAGCUACAGUGUUUGCAGGGAUAGGAUUAACUACUUGAAGAGAUACGUUCUGAACGAUAUUCCUUCCUGCUCAGAUCUCCUCACUUCAGACAACCUCUUUGCGCUCUCAUCACUCGGCUACAAUAUGAGCAGACUGCAGAUUCCCUCUUUUGGCAGGAGGAAAAAUACUCCCCCAGUCAUUCCUGCUGUUGGGGCGACCUCCUCUCCAGCGUCGGCUUCUUCUUCAGCCACCAUAUCUGACACUGUCCCGAGCGCAGUGGCUACUAACCCUGCUGCCAGCGCCCCUGCGGCCAACCAGAACGCGCCCUCCCCAGCUACCAUAGCUCCUGCUGCUGCGGGGGGCGGUCGGGACAAAGAGCGAGGCAAAAGGCCUCAUCCUGACAGUGAAAUCGACCCUGAGGAGGAGCCUCUUAUUAGAAGGACCCGAGUCUCUGGGCCGGGUACUCUCUUGCACCGAGCGAUCAGAGCUCCUUCUCACUCUGGGCCUCCUGCAGCUGGUGGCUCUGCUUCUGCUUCAGGCCCCCCUUCUAUCCCCAGCUUGCCGCCAUGGGCCCCUCGGUACACUCGAACGGAUGGGACGUUCGUGAAACCGAACGAGACCAUGCUGAAGGAUGGCCAGACCGCUAUGGCCUACUACAGGAGCAUGUGGACUCCGAAGGACAUUGAGGCGGCAAAGGGCCUUUCCCAGAAGGACGUGUUCAGUCGCUUUCCCCAAUCUGCUAUGGAGACAUUGUUUGGGAUGAUGGCCAUGCAGAAGCAGGUGGAAAUGGGGAACGCCAGGGCCCGAAAGUAUUCUGACAGCCUGGAGGUGGCUAAUAAAGAGAACGACCUCCUUGCCAUGAAGAAUACCGAGGUGCUGGUUCGGCUUGACAAAGCCGAGCAAGAGAGAGAUGUCCUGAAAAAGGAGAAUGAUUCCCUUCAGGAUGAGAAGGACGCCCUCCAGCUCGAGAAGAGCGUCUGGCAGACUGAGCAGGAAUCACUCAGAGAAGAGAAGGCAGAACUCCAACGUCUUCUAGCUGAUGAACAGUCUGCUCGGAUGGCUUUUGAAAAAAGAGCUCUGGACGAGCGUACCGCUCUGAUCGACGUUAUCAGCAGAGUGGGUGGUGGGAUGCUGGCCCUUCAUGCUCGGUUCUCCAGGGUCGGUGCUCUUCGGUAUGCUCAAGGAUUCCGGGAAGGCUUCGCCGACCGGGUUCCGGAUGAGGGACAGACCAGCUCCACUCCGGAUGAGGUAGACAAGGAUCUGGGGAUCGAGCCUCUGGGGGUCUAUGUCGACCCAGAACCCACCGAAGCGGAGCGUAUAUUUGAUGAGUGCCAGGACAUCGCAUCCUCAAGGAUCAUCACAGCUCCUCCUACCGCUCUGCCACUGACCGCUCCCCAAUCGUCAACCGUGGCUCCCUCUGUAGCCACUGCUGACGCUGAACCCCAGCCGAACGACUCAGUUAUUCACCUGGAUUCCCCACCUCAUGAAGGUGAGGCGGCUGAUGGGGCCGAGGAGGCGAGUCGGCAGGACCAGGAUGCUGUUGGUACUGAGGCGUCUAGCUAGGGCUCCUUCGAAUUCUUCCAGUUCAUAUCUUCUUGUAAUGAUGGACACCUCUCUUUUGUAAACUAAAUGUUCAAUAUUAAUGAAAUGGCCGAACUCUUUUUCUCUAUGUGUUGUGCUCUGUUCAACUUAUCUUCAGUACAUGUAUAUCUUUUCUCUCUUUUUCUUUUUAUAUUAGUUUUGCUGUGUGUUUGUACGGCAAGUGCCUGGCGCUCGGCUAGAAUGCCACUUGCCACUUGGCUUUAAAUUUUUAGCAAGUGUCUGGCG